AUGCCGUGCCUUCGGGGCAUUGAGGUGUCCCUAACCACCAAACCCGAAGACGAGCAGAUACCCGAAUAUCCGCACCCAGAAGGCACAUCGGUUCGGCUUCUGGGCGUACCAUCGUCUUGUUCGAAUGGCCAGCUAUCGCAACCCAAGGCUGGCCCGACAGUGGCAGUUUACAUACCCGUGAAUACCACGCCAGCUACUCCUUGCAAGUACAUUUUCUUUCGGCUAUACAUGAACGCUCGACCCAUCGCUGCAUGGGGCAUUGAUCCGACCGUCCGUCCGAAAGGAAAGGUUGUCAAGUCGCUGUGGUCGCCCUGUAGGCUUUAUACCGACCGGAUCGGGCUCGAAGGCCGUAAUUUUGUGUUUUUGCCUGGUCAAGAGUUCAAGUCCGUGGCAGAUGACGGCGGCCUUAUCGAGAUACAAGUCUUCCGAGCCAAGGAACGACGUGUUCGUGCGCCAAAGUUGGAGGAAUUCAAGUUUCAGGAGAAUUACGGUAUCGCGUUGGUGUUUUCGCUACUGGAUUUCAUAGCACACAGAGAAGAGCCAUAUGAGGGCGACGAACGGGAAGAAGAAACAGAGUUUUACUUCCUCAAGAGCCCGCCCGAGCGCUUCCCAGCGGUGCCGUCCAAUUCUGGAAGAGUUCCUCAGCCAAGCAAGGCGCUCCGCGAUGCGUCUCUCGAGUCGUAUCUGGAACGCCCUCUACCGGAACUCCCCGUAGGCGCGCACGGCAAGCGUUCAAGACGAUCUUCUGCGACAUCAGUCAUGUCAGCCACUCUGUCGAUAACCCCGUCGCUCCAGAAAUACGCCGAAGAGGGGUCUCUCAACCUGGAGGAGAUUGAAGUCGGCGUCGCUCAACUUGUUCAGCUUCCACCCUCGGAGUCGACUUUCAGUUUUGUUCCGGACGGCGAGCCCAAUCCAGCCGACUCUUUGGUCUCAGACUACGAGGCGUCCCUAAAGUCUCCAAGCGACUUCUCCUCGGAAGAGAAGCUCUCCCCCGGUCGCUAUUUGCCCACAACCGGGUGUGGACUCGAACGCGGCAUUUCCCUCUUCACAUCGCCCAAGCGGGCAAUGUUCUCUGCGGGGGCGAGAUCUAGGCAGUCUCUGCCGAGCGAUAUGUAUUCUUACCGCGAGCUCCCACACCUCGAGACCACAACAUCGAGUGAGUCGGAGUGGGCGGCUGCGAAUCCAUCGCCGGGCCGGACAAGCCUUGCUGAGAAUUUCGCCCCUCGCGAGUCUAGCCCCCAGACCAAUAAGAAGACUGGUCGGUCGCUGCUCGCGGGGCUUCGUAAGAAGAAAAUCAGCGGGUCGCCGGGUAAGCUGGCAGCUAUGGUUUUCGGUCGUGAGGGGCCGAAACCAAAGGAUGGCGGUGACGUUGGUCAGAGGGCUGGGAGUGGCCAGCUCUAA